UCAUAUAUCAAAAAUUACCAAAUCCUCAUUUAUAAGAAUAAACAAUAUCCUAAGAAUAUUACCAAAAACAUUACCAAUAGAAACAUAUGUAAAAGCAUUCAAAACAUACGUAAGACCCAUUAUGGAGUAUUCCACCGAAAAUUUUAGCCCCAAAUUAGAAUAUCUUAAUAAACAAUUAGAAAGACCACAAAAAAGCUUUACAAGGAGAAUUUUAAGAUAUAAAUACAAAUACCAGAAAAUAGAAUAUAACGAAAGACUAAAAAGAUGCAAACUCCUUCCCUCCAAUCUCCGUCGUAUAAAAACUGAUCUUAUGACAACCUACAAAAUAAUCAUGGGUUUCUAUAAAAUAAAUCCAGAAAAAAUAUUUUCAAAACCUAAUAGAAUUAAUCCGCGCUUACAUAAAUAUCAGCUAUUCAAAAAGCAAGCCAAAAAUAAUCAUUUCUUUUCACAUAGAGUCAUAGAUAGGUGGAAUAAACUUCCAAAAAAAGAAAUUGAAAAAAUCAGUACUAUACCGCAAUUUAAAAAAUUUUUAGACAAAAUAUUAACCACAGAAGAUUAUAAUUUAUGA